AUGGCUAAUGAUACCGGAGAUGAAAUUAUAAAGAAAGAGCUCGAAAUUUUGCAGUCUAUGAUCGACGUAUCUGCUACCACUUUAGAGGGGCUCAGAACGCAAUGUGCCCCAACUGCAGAGUUAACUCGCCAAGAAAUCAGGACUUUAGAGGGAAAGUUAGUAAAGCUAUUUUCUCAACAAUUAGUAGCAAAGUCGAAAUUGGGGAUCGGCACCGGCGUCGGUAUCCCUCAUCUCAAACAAUGGCUUCAAAUUGUUGGUCUAGGAACACAUGCUGUUACUGUGAUUAGUCAGAAAGUAUCUUCAGUUGAAGAAUUGCAGGAAAAAACUGAACAUGAACUGAAGAUUUGGCUGGCUGAUAAGCAGACAACCUAUGAGGAGUUCUAUCGGCUUUGUAGAGCGUUACAUAAUUUGAAAAAAUAUACCGAUAUUUUGAAACGCGACGAUCAAGCUAGCCAGGAAACCCAAGACUGCAACCUAUCAUGGGACUCCUGGGAUGUGAGCUAUUUGGAAAUGAAGCAGGGUCUUUCGCCAAGAGCAUUACGAACACGUGCUACUCGUGCUUCAGUUCCUUCAGAAGAAAACCUAUACAACAACAAUCAUAAAUUGAGUCCGCUAAUUGCUCCAAGUGCUUCAGUUUCGAGUAUUAAUAUACAAAAUGCUACUAGUAUAGUUCUGGAUCCCCCACUCACCUCUCCUGAGCCGAAUGUUUUUAGUCCACAAAAAGAAACGGGCAAAGAGAGAAAGUUUCCUACUCCACCUGCCAAAAGAAAGCAAUUGGUGAGCAAUUCUUCUACGUUCUUAACUGACUCCUUUCCACUUACUAAAAGUAAGUCGCAUGAAUCCCAGCUGGCCGAUAACAAAAAUAAUGGAGAAAGUAUCAUAAUCAAUGAAAUUAGAAGUUCUGUUCGAAGGGGUAGAUUGUCAACAGAGCCUGGUCCCGAAACGAUAGGCUUCAACAGCCCUGUAUCGACUAGUCCAAUAAAGUCACCCCCAUUUAACAGCACUGGAAACGAUAGUGAUGAUUCAUCUAGCCAUAAAUCAAUGAGGUUGCAAGUCCCUAAAUCACCCCAAACUCCUCCGGUCAAAGGCAGUAUGGCACAUCAGAUAGCUCAUCGUUUUACAAAAACUUUUAAACUUUCCACGGACUGUGAUCUGUGUGGUUUGAAAAUUUUUGGAAAGGCUCUAAAGUGCAGUGAAUGUAAAUAUUCGUGCCACCGCGAAUGCCAAGAGAAAGUUCCUGCCACUUGUGGCCUGCCUGCUGGUUACCUAACUGCAUUUAUCCAAAAUUAUGCAGGAUGUAAAGGUAAGGAUUUCGGUGUUAAUAGUUAUUCUCCAACGGGUGCUCGUACAAAAAAAUCCAAUAGCAUUGUAAAUUCACUUGCCAGAGCAGGACACAGAAAAGGAUCUCAUCCAUCGCCAGCUAUUAACAACACUCCAUUUCCGCCCCACGACAGUAGUUCUAAUACAUCAAGUUGCAAUAGUUCGACUCCUUCAAGUCCUGCCGUACAUAAUUCCACAACACCACAUGGCAGUCAAAAGCAGUUUCAUUUUCCAGAUAUAGUUCAUUCCGAGCCAAUAAAAGAGGUAUCUGUUGAAGCUAAUAAUCACAAAACUGUUAGUAACCAACUAUCAAAAGAAAGCGACAAAACUAUUUCACAGGCAUCAAACAGUAACAGCUCAGAUUCUGAUCGAACGCCUGUACGAUUAGACUCACAAGACAGUCAGGUUUCUGAUACUGAUACUAUGACGGACACUCAAAUGGCUCGACAGAAUAGCUUAUCUCUGAAAGAGUGGGACAUUCCAUACGACGAACUGAAAAUGUUUAAAGAAGUGGGCGCGGGAAGAUUUGGUACGGUUUUUCGAGGCCACUGGCAUGGUGACGUGGCGAUAAAACUUCUCAAUGUGAAAGAUGAUAAGACUUUAGAACAAUUUAAAAUGGAAGUUGCAAUUUUUCGUAAAACUAGACACGAAAAUCUGAUGCUUUUUAUGGGAGCGUGCAUGAAACCUCCCAAAUUGGCCAUUGUCACCAGUUUCAGUAAAGGAAACACGUUAUAUACCCACAUACAUCUAAGGAAAGACAAGUUUAACAUAAAUAGAACAACUACUAUGGCUCAACAAAUUACUCAAGGUAUGGGAUAUUUACAUGCCAAGGGAGUAAUACAUAAGGACUUGAAAACUAAGAACAUAUUCUUGGAGAACGGCAAAGUUGUGAUAACCGAUUUUGGUCUUUUCAGUGUAACUAAGCUGUGUUUUGGACCCAGGACGGAAAGCCUAAGUAUUCCUCCUGGCUGGCUGUGUUACUUGGCUCCUGAAUUAAUGAGAGCACUAGAUGCCCAUAGAUUUCAAGAAAAAGAAUUACCAUUUAGUACUGCGUCCGAUGUGUAUGCUUUUGGUACGGUAUGGUAUGAGUUGUUAUGUGGGGAAUGGCCUUUUAAAAAUCAACCGCCCGAGGCGGUUAUAUGGCAGGUUGGUAAAGGAAUUAAACAACCCCUUGCUAAUUUGCAAGCGUCUGCCGAAGUUAAGGAUAUACUGAUGCUUUGUUGGCAGUAUAAAGAAGAUAAGCGACCCGAUUUUCAAAAACUGUCAGAUAUUUUGGGCAAAUUACCUAAGAAAAAGUUGGAGAGGAGUCCCUCGCAUCCGGUGCAUUUAAGCAGAUCUGCUGAAUCUGUAUUCUAAAUUAGAAAAUAGGUGAAAUUUAACUAUAAGUAGAAUUAACUCGUUCCUUCGUUAUUCAAUAUACUGAUAGCGGUUUUAACACAACAUAUUUUAUUGUAGUUGAGCCGAGCCGUGAUUUAAACUGAGAAUGUUGCCGCAUAUUAUCAUUGCGUAUUUCGACAGUAUUUUCAGUUUAUGCCAAUAAACUUCUUUACAAAGCAAAUUCACAGUUCGAAUAUUGGUAUGCUGGUGCAAAAUCCCUUCACAGACAGGAUUUUUCAACUAAAAUAUUAAAUAAUUUCUAAAAGUUGUGAGAAAAGAAGAAUGUGUUUCGAACAUUUAGAAUCACCUUCAUUUGGUCAAAUUUUUUACCAGCGGUCGACUGCCUGAAAGUCACUGUGUUCUAUAUGCUAAUUAUUCUUUUUAAUUUCAGGUUAACCAAAAUAUGUAAUUCAAUACUUAAACUCAAUGAAAACUGAUUUGUACCAGUAUAAUAGUUUUCUCUUAGAACCAAUUAAACAGUCACUAAAUACAUUUUUAUGCCGUGAAUGUUGCAAUCGUAUCAAAACAUGUCUUUCAAGACUUUUCACUCAAUUCCUUUCUCGUAUAACGCGAUGUUGUUAGACGUAUUUUUUAUAAAAAUAUUUGUCUAGACGUUGAUGUUCUUUAAAUUUAAUUGUUGAACACGACAUAGCUUUAAAAUGGGUUCUAAUAACAUUGAUAUUCUGAAUAAUUAGAAGUAGAAAACGACACAGAUUUCCGUCAGUUCGCCAGACAUUCCUAGACUUGAGUGAUCUUCAGUGAUUUUCUAAAAUAGUCACAUCUACGUUAUAUGCGAUUUUUGCUAUAGAUGUGAAUUGGCUUGAUUUUAUUAGAACCCUUGUUAUCUUUCUGACUGUAAGCUUAAUUAUUAUAUUAUAAUAACAGUCGAGGAUUUUGCACAAGGAAAAUGAUAUUUAGAUUAUUUUGCAUCUAAGCACCAAAACAGCUGAAUACGCACGCAAUGAUGUUUUCGAGUUAACUGAAUAUGAUCAGAUGAUAGAAUUAUUAGAAAAAUUUUGUAACAAAACAUGGCUUAAAUUGCUUUCUGUCUUGUAUUGCUUUGUACCUAAACCAUGUUUGAUGUCUUUACUACGUAACUAUUGAAUACGUUAUUUAAAAAAAUCAUAUACAAACACCAAUCGGGAAUUAGACGUUUAUAUUCCUAUUAAAUAACAGCACUCGAGUAGAACACAAAGUUUGGACAAGAAAAUGCACUUUAAUAGUUAAUUACGUUUUACUUGUAGCAAAUUUACUCUACUAAAUUGUUUAAUAAUAAUAUCCCGAAAAAGACACGUUUUCACUGCAAGUCGCACUAUAGCUGAUAUUGUGCCGCAGUGAAUAGGUGUAUUUUUUGAAAAUAAAAUGCAAAUCUUUGUAUAUAUUUGUAUAAUUACUGUACAUAAUUUGUCGAUUCGCUACUCAGCACGACCCUGUAUAUAUGUUGAAAUAUGACAAAAAUGCAUUCCUAAAAUUUUCUUGAAACUCUAGUCAAUUUUAUCGAGAAAAUAUUUAAGCGGGGACUCUAUAACUUAUGGGACCCUUGCUGCUUAUUUUUAAAUCCUAACUAACUAUUCUGAACUUUUAAGUCAAUGUAAAGUGAUAGACUAGGGUGAAAAUGAAAAAUAAAAAAAUCAACAAAUACGG